AUGAGCAGAUCCAAUGUCAAUCUGCACUUUGAGUUCAUCAUUGUGGGACUGCAAAUCCCACAUGAACAAGACACAGUACUCUUCAUCACCUUUCUCAUCCUCUUCCUGGCCACAUUCCUGGCUAAUCUGCUCAUUGUGGUAUUAAUCUCCCUGGACCAACAAUUCCACACGCCCAUGUACUUCUUCCCUUGGAACUUGGCUCUCUUAGACAUACUGCUGUCGACCUCUGCCAUACCCAAGAUGCUAGCGGGUAUUUUAGGUUAUAAAACCAUCUCCUUCUCAGGUUGCUUUGCACAGAUGUACUUUCUCAUCUCAUUUACAGCAAUUGAAGGAUUCCUUGUUGCAGCCAUGGCACAUGAUAGAUAUGUUGCUGUAGUGAAACCACUGCAUUACAACACUUUAAUCAAUACCAAGGCCUGUAUUACAAUGAUAUCCACAGCCUGGGUACGGGGUUCCUAG